AUGGAGCCUGAGGACCUGCCUUCGCCCCGCGAGCUCGAGGAGGAGGAGGAGGAGGAGGAGGAGGAGGUAGAGAAGAAGGAAGAGGAGGAGGUCCCGGAGGAGAAGGAGGCCGAGGACGAGGACCAGGAGGCGGCGGCGGAGAGCUUAGACGAGGACGAGGUGGUGAUGGUGGAGGACGUGGGGGAAGAGGAGCGGCGGGAACCGGACACGGACUUGAACUUUGGAAGCCAGGCGGAGGAGAGCUCGGACGACUACGAGGAAGACGAGGAGGCCAAGGCCUGGCUGCAGGCGCACCCCCGCGGGCCUUUGCCGCCGCCGUCACUGCCGAAGCUCCGCUACUCGGAGGAGGUUGUUCCAUUGACCAGUCAUGUAUGGCAGCAGUCAUCACCUCAAGAAAAUAGUAGAACACAGACUAUUUUUUCUAAUAUGGUCUCUUUGGAAGAAACAGCUCAGAACGGUUCUGGGGAUGAUCAGAGAACAGAAUCUUGGCAUUUUCUUCCUCAAGAAAUCGACUCUUCCUACACCUCGGAUACAUCUCAAACCAGGUUUAAUGUGAGAGAGGAAGGGACAGAUGCGGCAGACUUCCUCUCUGUGGAGGAAGGUAUAUUGACCCAAUCAGAAAAUAAAGUAAAGAAAUACAGAGAUCUCUUUUGUUCUUCAUCGCUAGUCAUACAAGACAACUUUACUUCUCCUGAUUUGCCUUUGCUGACAUGUUUGACACAAGACCAAGAGUUUGGGCCUGAUUCCAUAUUUCAUCAAAGUGAACUAGAUUUUGCACCUCUGAGGGGAAUUCCUGGUAAGUCCGAAGACACUGAAGGGUUUUCUCGACCGGUGGAAGUUAGUGAAGCUUUAUUCCAGGCAACCUCAGAAGUAGCUUCAGACUUAGUUAACAGUUGCUUUAAUGUAUCUCAGCAUACACUUAUAGGGUGUACAGAUGUUGAGUCUCAGGGCUCUUUUUUACAUCCUGAGCAAGAAACCAAAGAAGAGACUGUUUUAACCUAUACAGUUGAUGAACUGAAAACUGCCAAAAACUCUGAUAGUUAUGGUGCUCUUUGUUCAUAUAUGUCAUGGAAGAUAAAAGAAGUUACACAGGAGCCAGAAACCAAUUUAGCUGAUAAAGAUCAUUUUUCUUCAACUUCAUCUGAUACAGUUGAUGAAUAUGUAACUCCUAAAGAAAGUGACAGUUUUGAUGCUUGUUCAGAUGUGCACCCUUUGAAACAGGAAGCUUUACAGCAGUCAGAAAAAUAUUUAACCAAGGGCCUGCAGGGGAAGGCUGAAUCUGACAUCUAUUCUGUGGGUGAUGAUAUUGAAUGCUGUAGCCUAGAUGAAAAUGCUGUUGUAUGCAGUGAAAGAUCUACCGAACUACAAAGAGAGAUAAGUGACCAAUGUGAUGUGACUGGGAAGUGCAUUGAGCUAGCAGGUUUAGAAAAUAUGCUUGAUGAUCUAGAAAUUUAUGAUGUCUCCCUGCCGUGGCAAUCUGAUUUACAGCUACCAUCGGAGGAAGAGCCUGACAUUAGUCAGUCUUUUUCAUCUGUAUUACCUCCAUUUGUUACUCAUGAGCCAAACAGAAAGUUGGAAUUUCACUCUUCAGAUCUCAGGAUGUUGAGGGUAUCUCCUGAGAUUGUGCCAAAGACUCGAAAACAUUCACCAGGAGAUACUUCUAAAGGAGACAUAAGUGAAAUUACUCAAUCCAACUUGAAAACUGACAUCACUACCACUUCUGGAGACUCAGGCAUUGGAUCUCAUUUACCCUUGUCUUCUGAGGACUUUUCUCAAUUGGCUGUAAGGUCUUCUGUGGAGAAUACUAUUGGUAUACAUACUGAUAAUCUCAACCAACGGAUAUUGGCAAAUGGUCAUGUAACUGAAGAGACUCUACAAGCCUUAGCUGUUCCAAAACUAGCUGACCAGAAGGCAGAGAUUUCAACAGUACCCUUUAAUUCCUACUCACUAAGAGAGAAGCCAAAUAUUUUCUACCCACAGGCCUUGAGAGACAAUCAUCAAAUUGAAGAGGCUCUAAGAGAUUCAGGUGUUAUUGGAUCGGUUGACCAGAAGAGUGAGAAAACAACAGUACCUGCUAGUUCCCCUACAGUUAGAGAGAAAAACCUAGUUUUUUCUCAGCCACUGGUACCAGACAGUCUUCUAACUGAACAGGCUCUGAAAGGUUCAUUUGUUCCUGGGCCAGCUGGUCAAGCCACUGCGAUACCAACAGUAUCCUCUACUUUAUACUCACAUGGAGAGAAGCCCCAUGUUUUCUAUCAACAGACGUUUCCAGAAAGUCAUCUAACUGAGCAGACUGUGAAAGUUUCUGUUGCUCCUGGAUCCACAGAACAGAAAACAGGCAUACCAAUAGUAUCCUCUACUUAUUCACAUAAAGAGAAGCCCGGUAUUUUUUACCAGCAAGAGUUGCCAGACAGUCAUCCAACUGAACAGUUUCAACAAGCUACAGCUGUCUCUGGAUUUACUGACCAGAAGACUGGGAUACCAACAGGAACCUCAUCUUACUCACAUGGAGAGAAGCCCUAUAUUUUCUAUCAGCAGACAUUGCCCGAGAGUCAUCUAACUGAACAGGCUCAACAAGCUGCUGCUGUCUCUGGAUUUGCUGGCCAGAAGACUGGGAUACCAACAGGAACCUCACCUUACUCACAAAGAGAGAAGCCCCAUAUUUUCUAUCAACAGACAUUUCCAGAAAAUCAUCUAACUGAGCAGGCUCUGAAAGUUUCUUUUGCUCCUGGAUCCACAGAACAGAAAACAGGCAUACCAAUAGUAUCCUCUACGUACUCACCUAGAGUGAAGCCCAGUAUUUUUUACCAGCAAGAGUUGUCAGACAGUCAUCCGACUGAACAGUCUCAACAAGCUACAGCUGUCUCUGGAUUUACUAAUCAGAAGACUGGGAUACCAACAGGAACCUCAUCUUACUUACCUGGAGAGAAGUCCCAUAUUUUGUAUCAACAGAUAUUGCCUGAGAGUCGUCUAACUGAACAGUCUCAACAAGCUGCAUCUGUAUAUAGAUUUGCUGACCAGAAGGCUGGGAUACCAAUAGGAACCUCUACUUUUCUACAUGGAGAGAAUCCCAGUGUUUUCUAUCAGCAAGAGUUGCCAGAGAGCCAUCUAGCUGAACGGUCUGAGGAAGUUGACCAGAAUAUUGGAACCUCAACUUCUUACUCAAAUGGAGAGAAGCUCAAUAUUUUUUAUCAACAGACAUUGCCAGAAAGUCAACUAACUGAACAGGCUCUGAAAGUUUCAGCUGCUUCUGGACUUGUUGACAAGAAGGGUGUCACACCUACAUUAACCUCUAUUUCUUCCUCACAGAGAGAUAAGCCCAAUAUUAUCUACCAACAGGAGCUGCCAGUUGGUCAUUUAACAAAAGAGGCUCCUUUAUCUAAAGAGGCUCAGAAGUUUUUUGCUGUUCCUGGACUAGCUCAGCAGAAGACUGGGAUACCAACAGCACCCCCUACUUCCUACUCACCUAAAGGCAAUACCAGUUUUUUCUAUCAGCAGAAGUUGCCAGACAGUCAUCUAACUGAACAAGCUCAGAGAAUUUCAUCUAUUCCUGGACAAACUGACCAGAACACUGGGAUACAAACAGUACCAUCUAGUGCCUACUCACCUAGAGAGAAACCCACUCUUUUUUACCAGCAGGCAUUACCAGAUAGUCAUUCGACUGAAAAGUCUCUGAAAGUUUCAUCUCCUAUACAAGGUGACCAGAAGACUGGUAUAUUAACAGUACCCUCUAGUUCCUACUCACAGAGAGAGAAGCCCAUUCUUUCUUAUCCACAGGCCUUACCAGGCACUCAUUUAUCUGAAGAGGCCCUGAAAGUUUCCCCCAUUUCUGGACCAGCGGACCAGAAUCCUGGGAUACGAACAUUAUCCUCUACUUCCUUUCCACAGAGAGAGAAGCAUAUUAUCAUCUCACCACAGGCCUUGCCAGAUAGUCACCUACUUGAAGAGGCUCUAAAGGUUUCAGCUGUUUCUGGACCAGCUGACCAGAAGACUGGGUUGCCAUUAGAACCUUCUAGUUUCUCCUUACCCGGAGAAAAGUCCAGUAUUUCCUACCAACAAGGGUUGCCAGAUAGUCAUCUUACUGAAAAGGCUCUGAAAGUCUCAGCUAUUCCUGGGACAGGUCAUCAGAAUCCUGCGAUAUCAACAGUAUCUCCAAAUUCCUACUCACUUGGAGAGAAGUCCAUUAUUUUUCACCAACAGGCUUUACCAGAUAGACAUCUCACAGAAGAGGCUCUGAAUGUUUCUACUUCUGGACCAGCUGACCAGAAGACUGGGUUACCUGUAGAAUCCUCUACUUCCCACUCUCAUAGAGAAAAGCCCUUUCUUUUCUACCCGCAGGCCUUGCCCGAUGGUCAGCUAACUGAAGAAACUCUGAAAGUUUCAGCUGUUUCUCUCCCAGGUUACCAGAAGACCGGAAUACCAGCAGUGACCGCUGCUUCCUACUCAAGUAAAGAAAAGCCCAUUGUUUAUUACCAACAGGCCUUGCCCGACAGUCCGCUAACUCUAGAGGCUCUGAAAGUUUCAGCUGUUCCUGAACCAGGUAACCAGAAUACCAGAAAGCCAACAGAAAUAUCUGCUUCUUACUCACAGAAAGAAAAGCCUAUUAUUUCUUACCAACAGGAAUUGUUAGGUAGUCAUCUAACUGAAGAGGCUCUGAAAGUUUCAGGUGUUCCUGGAUUAGCUGACCAGAAAACUGGGAUACCUACAGUAUCAUCAGUUUCCUAUUCAUAUGGAGAGAAGCCCAUCAUUUCUUACCAGCAAGAUCUUACUAAAGAGGCUUUAAAAGUUUUAGGGGUUUCUGGACCAGCUGAGCAGAAAACUGGGAUACCAAUAGUAACUUCUACUUACUCUCUUGGAGAGAAGCCUAUCAUUUCUUAUCAGCAAGAAUUGCCAAAUCAUAAUGAAGAUGCUUCAAAACUUUUAGCAAUUUCUGGAUCAGUUGACCAGAAGACUGGUAUACGAAUUGUGCCCUCUUCUUACUUAUAUGGAGAGAGCCCCAUCAUUUCUUACCAGGAGUUUCCAGAUAUUACUGAAAAAACUUUGGAAGUUUCAGCUAUUCCUGGACCAACUGACCAGAAGACUGGGAUACGAAUAAUCCCCUCAGGUUCCUCUUCAUAUAGAGAGAAGGGCAAUAUUUUUUAUCAGCAGGAGUUGCCAGGUAUUACUGAGGAAGCUUUAAAAGUUUUUCCUCUUCCUGAACCAGUUGACCAGAAGACUGAGAUACCAGAAGGAUCUUCAAGUUCUUAUUCACAUAAAGAGAAACCUAGGAUUUCAACUGUGAUUUUACCAGAUGACCAGAAAACUGAACUUCCAACAGCUCACCUCAUUUCCUACGCACAGAUAGAGAAACCCAAGAAUUUAGCUGUGGUUGAACCAGAAGGCCGGCAGACUUCAUUACUGACAGUGUUUGGUAAUUCUUAUUCUGAGAAAGUAAAGCCCAGUAUUUUCUUUAAACAGCAUUUGCUAAAUAGACAACAUAGUGAAGAUAUUCAGAAGAUCUCAUCUGUUCCUGAAUCAAAUGAUGUGAAUUCUAGAGUACCAAUACAUCUUCCUAGUUCCUAUUCACACAGAGAAAACUCUAAUAUUGUCUAUCCUCAGGAAUUGUCAGACAAAUAUCUAAAUGCUCCUCAUUUUUUUUCACACAGAGAAAAACAAAAUAAAUUCUAUGAACAGGAUUUGCCAGAUAGACGUCUGACUAAAGAUGCUUUGAAGUUCUCAAGUGGUCUUGGGCAAGCUGAUCAGAUUACUGGGUUAUCAUCAGUUUACCCUGGUACUUAUUCACAUAGUGAUAGGCACAAACUUGUUUCAGACCAUGUCCAAAGGCCUAUAGAUCAUUCUUCUAACUCUAGUAUUAUCUCAAACAAUAUGCCCUUAAAUUCUCAAGCUGAUGGUAGAGUUGUAAUAAAUAAGCCAGAACCUUCAGGCUUUGAAGAUACUGGCUCUGAGGAAUUCCAGGGUACAGAUAAUGGUUCUAAAACUCUUAAAGAGAUUCGGACCCUUUUAAUGGAGGCAGAAAAUAUAGCACUGAAACGAUGCAAUUUUCCUGCUCCCCUUGUACCAUUCAGAGAUGUUAAUGACAUUUCAUGUAUUCAAUCUAAGAAGGUUGUUUGCUUCAAAGAACCCCCUAUAACUGAUGAACCUAACAUUGAUUUGCCUCAGAGAAAGCCAUUCAUAGAAGAAAAUCCAAACAAAUACCUACAGAAGAAUAUUAGUACACAGACAAAUAUGAAAUGCCAAGGAGGCAUUGAAAAUUGGGAGUUUGUUAGAUCAGCUACAGUUAGAAAUCCUCUACAGGAAGCAGAAAUCAAAGCCAGAAUGUCAUUGGAUGAAACCCUUCGGCAAUAUAAAGCAGCCAGAUCUGUAAUGAGAUCUGAACCUGAAGGGUGCAGUGGAACCCUCGGGAAUAAAAUUCUUAUCCCUAUGAUGACUCUCAUAAAAAGCGAUUCAAGUAGUGAUGUAAGUUCCUGCUCGUGGGAAAGUAAUUCCUUUGAAUCCGUUUCUGAUGUUCUUCUAAACUUGUUUCCAUAUUCUUCACCGAAGACAAGCAUGACAGAUAGCAGAGAGGAAGAAUGUGUGUCAGAGAGUGAUGAAGGGCAUGGUAGUAGUGUGGAUUCACUGGCUGCACACGUGAAAAACCUUCUGAAAUGUGAAUCCUCAUUGAACCAUGCUAAACAAAUUCUCAGAAAUGCAGAGGAAGAGGAAUCCCGGGUACGAGCACGAGCCUGGAAUCUGAAGUUUAAUAUGGCUCGUGAGUGUGACUACUCCAUUUCAGAAUUAAAUGAAGAUGACAGGAGAAAAGUAGAAGAGAUCAAAGCAAAGUUGUUUGGUCAUGAGAGAACUGACUUAUCCAAGGGUUUACGGAGUCCACAGGGAAUAGGAUGCCAGCCAGAAGCUGUCUGUAGUCAUAUUAUUAUUGAGAGCCAUGAAAAAGGAUGUUUCAGGACUCUUACUCCUAAACAACCACAGUUGGACAGCCAUCCCUGUGUCUUCAGAUCACCUGAACCCUUAGAAAUUAUCAGAGGACACCGGAACCCAUCUUCAUGGAGAAACAGGCACAUCAACCUUUCCAAAUCACUAGACCAGAGAAACACCCGUUUAAAAGUUUGGAAUUCCUUGCAGUUACAAAGUCGUUCCCCAAUUCAAAACUUUACAACUGAUGACUUCAAAAUUAACAAGGGUUUUCGAAUGCCAUUCCAUGAAAAUAUGGACCCUUGGAUGUCAGAUUUUAUAGAACCUACUUAUAUGCUACCUGAAGAAAUGGAUUGUCAUUCUUCAUCACAAAUGCUGUCCCCAGAAUCCAUGAAAAAGUUUACUACCUCCAUCACUUUUUCAUCUCACCGACAUUCUAAAUGCUUUUCAGAUUCCUCUGUUCUUAAGGUUGGUGUUACUGAAGAUAGCCAGUGUACUGGAGCAUCUGUAGGGGUGUUUAAUUCUCAUUUCACUGAAGAGCAAAGUCCUCUUAGAAAUCUAAAACACAAUACCUCUUCCCCUUCAUCAUUUAAAACUAGCCAUUCCACACCAGGAGUAAAAGAGAAGAAUAUAACUGUAACUCCAAAUUCUCCACUCAUAUCUCUUGAACAGCCUGAGCUCCGCAAAGUCCCACAUGCAGAUCAUUAUGUAAGAAAACCUCCUUCUCCUCCCCCUCCCCCUCCCCCUCCCCCUCCACCUCCCCCUCCUCCUCCUCCUCCUCCCCCUCCCCCUCCCCCUCCACCUCUCCCUCCCCUUCCUCCUUUUUCUUCCCCUCCUCCUCCACUUCAGCAUUAUGUAGCUCCAAAUCUUCCUUGUCACAUUUUUCUUGAAAACCGAGAACUCUUUGAACAAAGCAAAACCCCACAGGUAGAUCAUCAGAUGAGAGAAAAACACUCUCCCUUUCCUCAAGGUCAGAUUUAUAUAGCUCCAGACCUUCCUUCUGCUAUAUUUCUUGAACAGCGUCAGCUCUUUGAACAAAGCAGAGGCCCUGAUACAGAUCACCACAUGCAAAAACAAUAUUCCCCCCUUCCUCAAGGUCAGGAUUAUGUAGUAGAAAACAAGGAUCAACAAAAGCCUAAAUCAUACGUAUCUAAUAUAAAAAUUGAAACUAAUAAAAUCAGUGAUGUGGUCUCCCCAUCAGCACCAAGUCAAAAUACGUUAGUAAGAUCUCCAUCUACUCCACCUUCAAACAAAAAAGUACUUUCUUUUGUUCGUAUAACUCUUUCUCCCAAGACUUCCUCCAAGUUGGAUAGUGGAACCUUAGAUAAAAGUUUAAUUUCAUUGGAUCCGGCUUCUAAAACAGCUGUAUCUUCAAGAUCAUUGGAACCAACCUCCAAAUUACUGACCAGUAAACUUAUAGUAUAUGAUCAAGAACCUUUAGGUUCUCUAGGACCUAAAUCUUCACCGGACUUUGAAGUCAUACAGUCUCUUCCAGAUAGUAAUAUUAUUACUCAGGACUUGAAAACCAUACAUUUUCAGAAUAGCCAGAUAGUAAUCUCAAGGCAAACACAAGUGAACUUUUCAGAUUUGGAAGAAUAUUCCAAUCCAGAAAGGACUCCAGUAUCUGCAGAUCGCUCAUCGGAGGUGGUUAAGACUCCACUUUCUGCUUCCUCUAGAAAAUUAUUAUCUGAUGCAGUCACUCAGAUUACAACUGAAAGUCCAGGAAAAGCUAUGUUUUCAUCUCAGAUUUUUAUUAAUCCUGACGAUGGUGAACGUGAAAUUUCACAUCCCAGUUUCCAGAAUCUGAGCAAAGCUCCUAACAAGUUUGCUUCAUCAUCUGCAGUCCAACAGAUUGCUGUUCCUCGUGACACAAAAGGAGCUCAGCCUUCACUGUUGCCAUAUAAGCCUUCUGGUAGUACGAAUAUGUACUAUGUUCCACAAAUAAGUCACAGUCUUCCAGCUGUGGAAUCCAAAUCGAAGAGGACCUUUGCUCCACAAUUAAGUCAGAUUCUGUCAUCUCAGGAUUCCAAAUCAGACACCACCAUUGAGAGCUCACACUCAGGAUCCAAUGAUGCCAUUGCUCCAGAUUUCCCAGCUCAGGUGCUAGGCACAAGAGAUGAUGACUUGGAAUCCUCUGUUAAUAUUAAACAUAAAGAGGGGAUCUAUAGUAAGAGGGCAUCCUCAUUAAAGGGGAAAAAAGGCAUCCAGAAAGAUAAUGCAGAUUCCAUUGAUGCUGUUGCUGCAGAGCUUGCAGCUAAACUACAAGACACAAAGAUUGAAUGCCUAUCAGACACUAAAGUCAGUAAGAGGACAUUUCCUAAGGAAGCCUGGUCAGAAGAUAAGGAAUCCUUGCAGAUAGAUAUUGAAGAGUCCAGUUCGGAAUUUGAAAAUACUACCCAUUCUGUGUUCAGGUCAGCCAAGUUUUACUUUCAUCAUCCAGUGCACCUACCAAAUGAUAAAGAUAUUUGCCAUGACUCCUUAGGGAGAAGUGUUUUCAUGGGGCAUUCUUGGAAAGAUUUCUUCCAGCAUCAUCCAGACAAACACCAUAUUUGUUUUCCUCAAAAUAAAGAAAAGACAGAAUGUACUAGAAUAGAGAGCCUCCGUAUCAAUGUAAACUUGGGAAACAAAGAAAUGAAACAUCCUACUAAAAGUCAGACUGGAGAUUAUACAAAAUAUGACAAACAGAUUAAUGAUCAAAAAAAGAAUCGUAAGGUCUCUCCAGAGCCCACGACUCAGCACAUUACAAGUUUGAAUGAACUCUGGAACAAGUAUCAGGAACGACAGAAGCAACAGAAAUCUCUCGAGUGCAGGGGUAGAAAAGAACUAUCCUUGGUGGAGCGACUUGAUCGUUUGGCUAAACUUCUUCAGAAUCCUAUCACACAUUCUCUUUGGCCCUCAGAAAGUACACAGGAUGAUAGCAGAGGGCAGCGAGAUACUAAGGAAUGGAAUGGUAGACAGCAACAGAGAAACAAGCUUCAGAAAAAGAAGCGGUAUAAAAGUUUAGAGAAAUGCCAUAAAAACAUAGGAGAUCUUAAAAACAAGGUGCUUUCUACUCAUCAAGCUGGAAAGUCCAAUCAGAUUAAAAUUGAACAGGUUAAAUUUGAUAAAUAUAUUCUGAGAAAACAGCCAAAUUUUUGUUACAUAAACAAUACUUCUUCAGAUUCUAGACCCUCAGAGGAGAGUGAGCUGCUCACAGAUACUCCCACCAACAUCCUUUCCACCACAACUUCUCCUGUGGAAUCAGAUAUAUUGACCCAAACAGAUAAAGAAGUGACUUUGCAUGAAAGGAGCAGCUCUCUUUCCACCAUUGACACUGCCCGAUUGAUCCAGGCUUUUGGCCAUGAAAGAGUUUGUUUGUCACCCAGGAGAGUUAAGUUAUACAGCAGCAUCACCGACCAUCAGAGGAGAUACACUGAGAAGCGGAGCAAGAACAAGAAGAAAGCAUUGAGUUAUCCCCAAAUGACUUCUGAACACACCAGAAGGAAACACAUCCAGGUGGUAAACCGUGUGAUUUCUUCUGACUCUAUUUCAUCUUCUACCGGUAAUUUCUGGAGCUCGAACUCUACCCUUUGCGACAAACAAAAUGUACACAUGCUAAACAAGGGUGUGCAAGCAGGAAACUUGGAGAUUGUGAACGGUGUCAAAAAACAUACUCGAGAUGUUGGGGUGAUUUUCCCAACUCCAAGUCUUACUGAGGUUAAAGUGGAAGAGGACAGUGAUGUGACUUCUUGGUCAGAAGAAAAAGUAGAAGAAAAAAAGCUCCUUACCAGAAAUCUUGGAGACAAAAAGUUAAGGAAGAACAAGCAGAGUUGCUGUGAAGAAGUUUCAUGGUUUGUUCCUGUGGAAAAUGUGAAGUCUGGUCCUAAGAAGGAAAACCUCAAUCAUCAUGGCCCUGGUAUCUCCUGGUUUGCACCAAUAACCAACACCAAACCCUGGAGGGAACCACUACGGGAACAGAACUGGCAGAGCCAGCACACAGCCAGCCACAUGUCACUAGCAAGCCCAGGCAGAAGUCCACUGAAGCCAUUAGUGAAAGCGACAUUACAGGAAUCACUUCUGUUUCACAGACCUGACUUCAUCUCCCGCUCUGGGGAGCGGAUAAAACGCCUGAAGUUAAUAGUCCAGGAGAGGAAGCUACAGAACGUGUUACAGAAUGAGCGGGAGGUGCUGUUCAACACUGGGCAAGAAUGGCAGGGCCAGGGGGACUCCGUGCACCCGCUCCCUAAGAGAGGUUUCCUGGCUGUCCAGAAGUAUAGGCCUGUUGGAAAGAAGGAAAUGAUUCAGAGGUCUAAACGGAUUUAUGAGCAGCUUCCAGAAGUAAAGAAAAAGAGAGAAGAGGAAAGGAGGAAAUUGGAAUAUAAGUCAUACCGGUUGCGAGCCCAGCUGUAUAAAAAGAAAGUGACCAAUCAACUCUUGGGGAGAAAAGUUCCCUGGGACUGA